AUGGAGGUGGAUGCAGACGAGAAGCGCCAUCGCACACGCUCCAAAGGUGUUCGAGUUCCCGUGGAACCAGCCAUACAAGAGCUGUUCAGUUGUCCCACGCCUGGCUGUGAUGGCAGUGGCCAUGUUAGCGGCAAAUAUGCAAGACACAGAAGUGUUUAUGGCUGUCCUUUGGCAAAAAAAAGAAAAACACAAGAUAAGCAACCCCAAGAACCAGCUCCCAAAAGAAAACCCUUUGUGGUUAAAGCAGACAACUCUUCAGUAGAUGAGUGCUAUGAAACUGAUGGCACAGAGGAGAUGGAUGAAAAAGAAGAGGAAGAAGAGGAAGAGGAUGAAGAGGAGGAGGAAUAUUCAGAUGACAAUGAGGAGCAAGCUGAUGAGGAGGAGGAUGAUGAGGAGAUAGAUCGAGAAGAAGAAGAGAUUGAAGAAGAAGAAGAAGAGGAUGAAGAGGAAGGUGAAGAUGUGGAGGAUGAGGAGGAGGAGGAGGAGGAAGAAGAGGAGGAGGAAGAGGAGGAGGAGGAAGAACACCAUCAAAUGAAUUGUCACAAUACUCGAAUAAUGCAAGACACAGAAAAAGACGAUAACAAUAAUGAUGAGUAUGAUAAUUACGAUGAACUGGUGGCCAAGUCAUUGUUGAAUCUUGGCAAAAUUGCAGAGGAUGCAGCAUACAGAGCCAGGACAGAAUCAGAAAUGAACAGCAAUACAUCUAAUAGUCUGGAAGAUGAUAGUGACAAAAAUGAAAACAUUGGUCGGAAAAGUGAGCUAAGUUUAGAUUUAGACAGUGAUGUUGUUAGGGAAACAGUGGACUCCCUUAAAUUACUAGCACAAGGACAUGGUGUAGUGCUUUCAGAAAAUAUUAAUGACAGAAAUUAUGCAGACAAUACUUCACAGCAAGAUAAUAGGAAUAUGAACUUUGUAAUGCUAGGGAAACCUGUGAACAAUGGACUUACAGAAAAAAUGGUGGAGGAAAGUGAUGAAGAGGUGUGUCUCAGCAGUUUGGAGUGCUUAAGGAACCAGUGUUUUGAUCUGGCUAGGAAACUCAGUGAGACAAACCCACAGGAAAGAAAUCAACAGCAAAACAUGAACACUCGUCAGCAUGUCAGGCAAGAAGAUGACUUCCAAGGAAGAACACCAGACCGGAAUUACUCUGAUAUGAUGAACCUAAUGAGACUUGAAGAACAGUUGAGCCCCAGAUCUAGAACUUUUUCUAGCUGUGCAAAGGAGGAUGGUUGUCAUGAAAGAGACGAUGAUACCACCUCUAUUACUUCAGAUAGGUCUGAAGAAGUGUUUGAUAUGACAAAAGGUAACUUAACCCUGCUUGAGAAAGCAAUUGCUUUGGAAACUGAGAGAGCAAAAGCCAUGAGAGAAAAAAUGGCAGUGGAAGCUGGAAGGAGGGAUAAUAUGAGAUCAUUUGAGGAACAAUCUCCAAGACAACUUUCUGGGGAUGACAGGAAGCCUAAACCCAGUGACGGCCAUGUCAAAAAGCCAUAUUAUGGUAAAGAUCCCUCAAGAACAGAAAAGAAAGAGAGCAAAUGUCCUACCCCUGGGUGUGAUGGAACGGGCCAUGUAACGGGGCUUUACCCCCAUCACCGCAGUUUGUCAGGAUGCCCACACAAAGAUAGGGUCCCUCCAGAAAUUCUUGCCAUGCAUGAAAAUGUUCUUAAGUGUCCUACACCAGGCUGCACAGGCCGGGGCCACGUAAAUAGCAACAGGAAUUCCCACCGAAGCCUCUCUGGAUGUCCUAUUGCUGCAGCAGAGAAACUGGCUAAAGCUCAAGAGAAGCAUCAGAACUGUGAUGUGUCAAAAUCAAACCAGGCAUCAGAUCGGGUUUUAAGGCCCAUGUGCUUUGUUAAGCAAUUGGAGAUCCCUCAGUAUGGCUACAGAAACAAUGUCCCCACCACCACACCCCGCUCCAACUUGGCCAAGGAACUAGAGAAAUACUCUAAGACUACGUUUGAAUAUAACAGUUAUGACAACCAUGCCUAUGGCAAGAGAGCCAUAGCUCCCAAGGUGCAAUCCAGGGAUAUAUCCCCCAAAGGAUAUGAUGCUAAGCGUUACUGUAAGAAUUCCAGCCCAACCAGCAGCACAACAAGCAGUUAUGCCCCUAGCAGCAGCAGCAAUAUGAGUUGUGGUGGAGGCAGCAGUGCCAGCAGUACCUGCAGCAAGAGCAGCUUUGACUAUACUCAUGACAUGGAGGCAGCGCACAUGGCUGCUACUGCUAUUCUGAAUCUCUCCACUCGCUGCAGGGAGAUGCCUCAGAACCUCUCCACUAAGCCUCAGGAUCUCUGUGCGAGGAAUCCUGAAAUGGAAGUCGAUGAAAAUGGGACCUUGGAUCUGAGCAUGAACAAGCAGAGGCAGCGAGACGGCUGCUGUACCAUUUUGACACCCCUGGAGCCAAUGUCACCUCAACGGCAAGCUGUGAUGAAUAAUCGGUGUUACCAGCUGAAUGAGGGGGACUGCUGGGACUUGCCAGUGGACUACACUAAAAUGAAGCCCAGUAGGAUAGACGAAGAUGAUUCCAAAGAGAUUACUCCAGAAGAUUUGGAUCCUUUCCAAGAGGCACUUGAAGAAAGAAGGUAUCCUGGUGAAGUUACAAUCCCAAGUCCUAAACCCAAAUACCCUCAAUGCAAAGAGAGCAAAAAGGAUUUAAUAACUUUAUCUGGCUGUCCGCUGGCUGACAAAAGCAUUCGAAGUAUGCUGGCCACAAGCUCACAAGAACUCAAGUGUCCCACCCCUGGGUGUGAUGGCUCUGGACAUAUUACUGGAAACUAUGCUUCACAUCGAAGUCUUUCAGGCUGUCCGCGAGCAAAGAAAAGUGGAAUCAGGAUAGCACAAAGCAAGGAAGACAAAGAAGAUCAAGAGCCAAUUAGAUGUCCAGUUCCUGGUUGUGAUGGUCAGGGUCAUAUAACUGGAAAAUAUGCAUCCCAUCGCAGUGCAUCAGGGUGUCCUCUAGCUGCCAAAAGGCAAAAGGAUGGAUACCUAAAUGGCUCACAGUUCUCUUGGAAGUCUGUGAAGACGGAAGGAAUGUCAUGUCCAACUCCAGGAUGUGAUGGCUCAGGACAUGUCAGUGGUAGUUUUCUUACUCAUCGUAGUUUAUCAGGAUGCCCCAGAGCCACUUCAGCUAUGAAGAAAGCAAAGCUAUCUGGAGAACAAAUGCUAACAAUAAAGCAGCGAGCCAGUAAUGGUAUAGAAAAUGAUGAAGAAAUUAAACAGUUAGAUGAAGAAAUCAAGGAACUAAAUGAAUCCAACUCCCAGAUGGAAGCUGAUAUGAUUAAACUCAGAACUCAGAUUACCACAAUGGAGAGCAACCUGAAGACGAUAGAAGAGGAGAACAAAGUAAUCGAACAGCAAAAUGAGUCUCUUCUUCAUGAAUUGGCCAAUUUAAGCCAGUCUUUAAUUCAUAGUCUAGCUAAUAUCCAGCUGCCACAUAUGGAACCAAUCAAUGAACAAAAUUUUGAUGCUUACGUGACCACUUUGACGGACAUGUAUACAAAUCAAGAUCGUUAUCAGAGUCCAGAAAAUAAAGCCCUACUGGAAAAUAUAAAGCAGGCUGUGAGAGGAAUUCAGGUCUGA